GUCAGCAGGAAAUAAGGUUCUCGGGAUUAGGACAAGUGAAGGACGGAGGAUGAAGACGUUUUUCAUUCUUAUUUCAUUGGCUCUAAAAGUGGUCAGCGGAUUGAAAAUGUGCAUUGGGCCACAUGAACCGCCGGAAAUUGCAAACAUCAUUACGACACCCGUUUACGACGACAAGAACCGUCUGAUCGAGGCUGAUGUCACCAUCGAAGUUAUAUCAAGUGUGCCGGUCUACAUACAAUGGAAAAUGAGCUACGGAGCGAGUGUAAUGUCUUUCACCAUGGCAUCGGAAGACAACGAAAAUUUUCGAUCGUCCAUGGAAUCAUCUGGAAAUCGGCACUUUUUACGGCUGCACGCAAAGCAACUAGACCAUAUAACCAGUGUAUCUGACUUGCAUUGGGUCAUUUCCGUCACUCUCAGCGUCAAGUACGAAUGCAAUGUUGUUUAUUUUGUAAUAGGACUAGAUCAACUGAUCCGAGAACUGAUCCGAGCUCAGGAACAACAUAUGAAGCUUCCCACAAUCACGGAAAUGCCUCACAUCCAAAAUGUCAUCGAUGAGAUAGGCUUGAAUGAGAUUAGAGUGGGGUUCUCGUAUGGGCCUGAAAGCGAAGCUCCUUUGGUGAGAUACGGUGGCUGAAACACGAUCUUUUCGAGAACAAACGAUACACUGAGAGAUGUGUACUAUGUGAGUGAUGAAUUCAACUCAACAAAUAUAGUGCUCGAAAAUUUGGGUAUCGCCGAAACUACGUGCAUCCCGGCGAAUUUUCAUAAAGGUCUUCAGAGCUAUUAUGUUUCGUUCAGUGGAAGGGUAAGAUCGGAACAACAUGGCGGUGUCUUUUAUUACGUAAACAUAUACACUGGGUUUCAGAGGAAUGACGGGGUGAAGAGACCGGCUAUCACGGUUACUGAUAACUGGAGAAACUGCGUGAUCACCCCUGAUGGUGUUCCGGUCAUAUUCACCAAGAAAGACGAAACACUGAUUAGCUGUUUUGCCGAAGCAGCAAGGAAACCCUACACAGCAGUGGCUCGAAUAGGGAGAGGCGGAAACUAUCAACUACUGCAAGCGAGUCCGCGCCCAUUUCCUAAUUUCUUAGAAACUCUCAGCGCUGCUGACUUCGCUGUCAAGAGUCCGAAGCUCGCCGAGGAGGAUGAGUACAUCUGCAGCGCCGCCAGCGGAGAAGAUGUAGUUAACCAGAGGUUUAAAGUCAUGCGACAUGAGCCCGUGCACAUAGAGCGGAACGAGCCAGCAGGUGAAGUCACUAAGGACCAGGUUGAGCAAGAGUACAACUUUACUUGUGAAGCGACAGGUGUUCCCCAACCGAAGAUAACAUUCUCCUACAUGACCUCGAAAUUCCACCCGGUUUGGGUAGGGUAUGUAGAAGAGGCCAAGGAGCACGAAAUCCAUGAUUCCGACUUAUUCGAGACGACCACGAGGGUUGAAGGCACGCGAACCUUAGGCGAGAUAAAGCUGGAGGACACUAGAAAGAUCAUUGAGGCGUUGCCCUCGGGUUACUGGGACGAUAAUGACUUUUAUGCACUAACAUGUGUUGCCUACAAUGACUUCACGAUCGACAGCAGUGUGUUGCUUACAAUUACAAAAUGAGCUUAGAAUCUUUUUACCUCUUUUUCUGAUGUCAUUUGUUCCGGAGGCGAUCUUUCAAAUGAAGACCGUUAUUAGAAAUAGAGACGAAACGCAAAUGUCAUCUAUCAAUACGAUGUUAUUAUGGUCGUUAAAAGAGUUGGUGCACAUAAUCAUGCUUAUUGAGCAUGUAAAACUCUGAAAUAACGGAUGAUAUGUACUAUUAAGCUAGUAAAAACAUGUUUAUCCACUCCAGUUCAGUGUAGAACGAUCGCGUGUGAAGUGCUGAUUCCUCUGGAGCGGUUUUGCGAAAUAUCGUGGCGGUUUUGCAGCUCGAUUUUGCUCUCUUUGCGUCUAAAAUUUCGCCAUAGCGGCAAGCUUCCCGCUGUUGAUGAGGGAGGGAGCUUUCGCAAAUCCCCCGAAACGCCAACGUGAACACCCUUUCCCAUUGUUCGACCUUCCGAUUACGAUGUCGAACAAUGGGAUAGGCGUUCGCGUUGGCAUUUCGGGAUAUACAUGUAUGCGCAAACUCCCUCUCGCCUUAGGCUGACGUGCGUGCAUGAAAACCGAAGCGGCAGAGGCAGAAAACAUAAACGCCCGUCCGCCAUUUUGUACACUACGACCAACCCAGUUAGUACAUCUCAUUGAGUUACAUGAUCACAGUUAUCACGGCAGACCUUUUGACUGAUGAACGUGAAGACCGUCCCAGUGCCAAUCUUGAUACUGAACACGCGUUUCAGUCAGCUGUCUGGACACUCUCGUCGAACCAUUCAUUUAUCGCAAGACUGCCCGGAGGACGAGGCUGUCGGGUCGCAACGUGCAGAAUCGCAUAACAUGGCCAGAGCAAGGCCCACGGCAAGGAUGAGCCUAUAUGGUGAUGUGAUGCUCUCUCGACGAGAUCUCGGUCAGCUAUCCUUAUGGCAGAAAGAGUCUAACUACACAAUCACCAUUCGUGCACAUCAAUCUACUCAGUUAUGAAUAAUGACAUCUUUUAGUCAGCUAUGAUAAUGGCCCAUUAAAAGGUUUUAUACUUUAUAUCAACUGUAUAACUGUAACAAAAAUUGUAUGAAGAAUUGGCGUGAUUAAGUGUAUUCUAUCUAAACAUGUCAAUGACGGACAAUGCGUGGACAAUAUCAAGAUGGCAUGCAAACAUGCCCGCGAAAACACUGUAAUCCCAAUAACUUGAAUGAAUUCAUGGUCCAGUGGACAUGAAAACGACCCUGGGGAUGAUCGCGAGAAAACACCAAAAUGAUUCGCUUUAUGCCUUCCUUUCACAUUAAGAAUAUCUGCUUAGACAGGAAUACGUAGAGAUAUGUUAUUAUUAUGUAGAAGGUGAUAUCAGAAAUACGGCCCAAAUGUUCAAGCAUAGUAGCAGUAAGCCUAUUUAGCUCUGGAGAUAACGUUUUCAUGCGAAACAAUAUUUUGAGCUGAAGACUGCGUGUCCUGAUUUUCCUCUCUCUAGUUCCCUUAACCAAACUGCACCAAGAGGGGAGCACACUCCAUUAACUUCCAAGUUCCAGUAAGGAUGGCGUGGUCAUUGUCUGUUCCGACCUACGUGCCGGUGCUUGUUGUCCUGAGCCUAUUUCUAGAGAUGGUAACUGCAUCGGUGGGUGACAGAUCCAGUGUCUAUACUACAUGUUUGGGGGACUGCCGGGCCGUUAAGUGCGACCACAUGUCAGAAGAGGGUUUUUCCGGAGCCCAGCCAUUCCAUCUACGCUUAUUGCUGUGGGGCUGCGGUGAUGAGUGCCGGUACGACUGCAUGUGGCAAGCUGUUGAUGCAUUCCACGAGAACGGCUCUAAGAUCCCGCAAUUCCAUGGUAAGUGGCCGUUCAUCCGGGUCCUCGGUAUCCAAGAGCCAGUCUCCGUGAUAGCAUCCAUCUUGAAUUUCCUCAGUGUUGCUGCCGGCAUCAUACACUUCUGGAGAAGGGUCACAUUUAACACUCCCAUGUACUUCGCAUGGAGUUUUUAUGCUUUUACGGGUUUUAAUGCUUGGUUUUGGUCUGCUGUGUUUCACACCAGAGAUUUUCCAUUUACCGAGAUGCUCGAUUACUUUUGUGCCCUGUCCUUGGUAAUGACAAGUCUCCUGUGUCUCGUUUUAAGGUUAGCCGGAACCCGCCCUUUAUGGAAAAGCAUUGUUAUUCCGUUCCCUUUCGUGUUGUACUACGCUUGGCAUUGCUACUACCUAGCCUACGUCCGUUUCGAUUAUGGUUUCAACAUGAAAGUUAACUUAUCAUUUGGCGUGGUAGUGUCUUUAACUUGGGCUACAUGGUGCAUGAACCGUUGGCGAAAAAGGCCAUACGUGAAGAAGUGCGUUGCAGCCUUGGUGAUACUCAAUGCCUCAUUGUUGUUGGAGGUGUUUGACUUCCCGCCCGUAUUCUGGACGUUUGAUGCUCAUUCUCUCUGGCAUAUUGGUACAAUACCCGUGGGAUAUCUAUGGUUUUCUUUUGUAGCGGAUGACUGUGUCCACAUAGCGAACGCUCUGGAAAGAAAGAUCAAACUUUUAUAAAUCUACUGUCUUCUGACAGCAGACCACGUGCCUACCCGCCUGGACAAGGAUAGUACAGCGUACCUGCUGGGUCAGCUGGGUCAAUAUCUUAAGUCAAUAUCUCGCUAGAUGCUACAAUACCGGUACAUUAUUAUUUAACUGGCAAUACCGCUUAAAGGGUGGAUGUCGUCCUGGG